ACUAGGAUUAUAUAGCUGUGAUCAGACGGGACCGGGCACGUUAAUCAAUCAUACAGGAUGACAAACUAGAAAUUGUAUCCAACCAUGGAGUUGAAAGAACGCAGCACCUCCGUGGAAUCCAUUCCAAAGGAUCUUCUACAAAAGUUGAAACAGUUCCGAUCCACCAAUCAGGAGUGUCGUCGCUCACGUGAGGACAGUGAAGUAGAGACAUGUCUCAGAGACACAGAUUCCAUUCCACCUUCUCCUCGGUCAACCCUUUCUGAUGACGUUUUCUUUAGAUUUCCAAAACGCAAUGUCGAUGUUGAUGGCUCCGACGAGAAGCCAGUUUCCAUCAGUGAUAAUCGUGAAUCCCGCCUGCCAUCUCCCGCGCCGGACAAAAACAAUUAUACCAUAUAUGGGGAAAAUUCUGACUGGAUGUUAGCAGAGAGAACAAAACCAAGGUCCCCUCCAGUAUCACCGAACAGUGCUGUACAUUACCACAGCAGUGGCUUCACCCCCAUCGUUGAUCAGAACAGGGUGAUGCAUGACAGGAUUCCAAAGACACUACAUUGCCAUCCUUCGUUUUCUCAAACCAUUGAUCCUGUUAUGAAAGGCUCUCCCAUGAAAUCCUCGCCGGUACCGACAGUGAAUUCGGAAUACGGCCUUCAAGCUUGUAUGCAGGACCGAACCCCAAUGAAAAUCCACCAGGAGCGUCCGAGCCCAAGGAGAUCUCCCAUGAUGCAGUCCAUGUUGGACAGACCUUACAGGGGAAACCGGUCCCCAUCUCCAUAUCUGCGCGAUACUGCGGAUACCCGGGGGUCGGGAUUGUCCCCGGAGUACCAUCGAGCAAUGUUUCUGGAAGAACUUUCAAAAAGGGGAGCGAAGAAACAGCUGACAUUUGACGUGUCAAGUCGACCAUUCCUCGGUCCUGAACCAGAAGUUUACGCUGACGUCAUGUACCCCACGCGAAGGAAUCGGUACAGGGCGAGCUCAGACAGUGACGUCAUAGAAACGGAAGAGCGUUAUGACGAUGAAGAUUCUCGCCUGAUUAAGAAGUUCAUCUCGCACCUUACUCAACGUAAGAGAAAAGCGUCUGACAGAUUUGACUGUGAUUAUGAGGAUGAUGCCGCCAUUAUUGCAAAAAGAAGACGAAAAGAAUUGGAGAAACAAAUGAAUUUGAACUACUUGAAACAAUUGGAGACAGAUGUAAGCAUUCUCAACAAUAAAUUAAGCAAGUCGGAACCGGAAGUACGACCAGACAAUUGCUCUUGUGCAGUGAUGGAAAAACAAUUUUUGAACAUGGCCGAAAACGCAUACAAAAAUAUCCGCCGUCAGGACACGAGCGCAGAAGGGUUUGCGCAGUUUCGAAAAGAACUCGGAGACACAAAUGACAUUCUCAAAGAGUCACUACAAGUGCUACAACAUAUGAAGGAGUUCUGUGAACAUCGCCAGUUACUGCGGGCCUGA